UUCUGUGCAUUACCACCAGAUGGACCAUAUCCAUUAUUUUUAUUCGAAGAAUAUCCUAAAUUUAUUAUUGAAAAUAAAGAAAAAAUGACUGAGUUGAUUAAUUUAAGAGAAGAAGAAAUAACUUUACGUAAAAAACGACAAGAAGUGUUGGAGAAUAUUGAGAAAAAAAGAUUAGAAGAUGAAAAGGACAAUUUUAUCAAAGAAGUUCAAAACCAGAGACUUCGAGAAUUACAACGAUGUUAUAAUGAGCAGCUUCGAGUAUCUGAAGCCUCAGUUGCUAGUGAACGUCAAAAACUCUAUCGACAAUUGCCACUGAGCGAAAGUAUAAAUCUCACAGAAAUUAAUUCUGCGAGUGAUGAAUUUAAUUCACGAUCAAGAGUUAACUCUUACAAUAAACUACGAAAUGAUGUGGAGGCACUUGAAGAAGAAGUUGGAGAAUUUUUAAAAACUAUUAAGUGUAAAAGAUAGAGACAUUAUAUAAUAUUUUAUUUAAUCUAACGGUAAAUAAAUUAAAUAUGUUUUUUUGUUUUUAAUCAAACAGUUAAUCAUGUAAAUUAUUUUUUUAAGUAAUGAUUUUGUUGACUGAUUUAUUUGAAAUUUUUAUAAAAAAAAAGUAAUGAGAUAUUAAUUUUUAAUUUAUUUAAAAUUGAGAUAUAAAUUGUAGAAAAAGACAAUUGGUUAUAAAAACAUUUACAUUGGAAUGUAAAUUUAUAAAAUUUAUCACGAGAU